UCCAGCUGGCCAUCACACUGCUACUCUGGUGAACCAAACAAGCCAUAUAUCUCAACAGUUGUUUGUUUUCGUAGUGAAAAGUGGGCUAUAUAGUGUGUGUGCGCAGAUUUGGAAACGCGGGAGGUACCCCGCGGGACGCCAGCCAGUGCGCUGUGACUAUUUGUCUGGCAGGGAAUUCCCCGUGGCGGCGGCUGCUGCAUGGACUUCCCCGACGACAACCACGACGAUACAGGGAGAGCAGCAAGACGCAGUCAUCCCCAGAGUGUGCUGACGUUGUGAUCUCCCCCCCAGCAAGGUGUUGUGAGUGCACAUAACCCCCCUUCCCUGGCCCAAGUUGUAACUCUGUGUCAUGGUGAUAGGCGACAGAGGUGGGAUGAAUUCCCCAUACAGUGGAGAAUCUGCUUCUCCAUAUUCAUCAGACCAGUCAGUUGGAGUACCGUCUCCACCUACGGUUGUUGCCGCCUUUAACCGUUCAUAUGAGGCUGUUAAUCAUGACGGGCCAUACAUCCACAUCAUGGAACAGCCACAGUCCAAAUUCCGUUUUCGCUAUAAAAGUGAAAUGGUGGGAACUCAUGGACAGUUGAAGGCUGAUCGUGCAGAUAAAAAUAGAGCAGUAUUUCCAACAGUAAAGCUUAGCAAGUGGAACCAUGGACCUGCUGUCAUACGCCUAACACUUUACACAGCUGACGAUAAUGUCAAUCAACGAAAACGACACGUACACGAGCUCUCGGGCAAGAAUUGUGAUAAAGAGACUGGCAUUUGUGAAAUUGUCGUUGAUGAUAAAUGUGACUACACUGCAGUUUUUCAGAAUCUUGGGAUCAUUCAUAUAGCUAAGCGAGACACAAGAGAAAUAAUUAUGCAGCGCAAGAGAGAUGAAUUGCUGGCUCAUGCACGGCUUCGUAAACCACAUUGUACCUUUGAAGAAAUCAUAAGAAGCAUCACACCAACGGAUCACAAACGGAUGGAUGAUGAGGCAGAGGAGGAAGCAAAAAGUAUGGAUCUGAACAAGGUAGUUUUGAGGUUUCAAGCAUUCCAGUAUGACAAGAGCAUUGAGAGCUACCGUCCGAUCACCCUUCCCGUUGACUCAGAAGUUGUAUUUAAUCUCAAAAAUGCUACUACAGGAGAGCUCAAGAUUGUACGAAUGUCUGCUUGUUCAGCCCCUUGCACUGGGGGCACAGAAAUCUGGCUGCUGGUUGAGAAAGUUAGAAGAAAUAAUGUUCAAAUAAAAUUCUUUGAGUUGGAUCAGAAUGACAGAGAAAUUUGGACUGCUUAUGGGGAAUUCACAGAUGCUGAUGUGCAUCACCAGUAUGCAAUUGUAUUCAGAACGCCUUCUUACCGAUAUACAAACCUAAAUACAUCAGUUCGGGUCAAAGUACAACUUGAGCGACCCACUGACAGAGAUACAAGUGAACCACUUGACUUCACUUAUCUUCCAGAGAGUUUGAAGCGUUCAAGAGUCAACCUGGAAAACACACUGGAGGAAGGGAAAAGGCACUACAAUGAUCCUCCAUCAAAGAGAUUGAACUACAACCCAUAUACCAGUGAAGCGAUAGAUCUUAGUAACAAUACACGGAGUGGCAGAGGGCAAGAAGAUUCUGUACAAGCGACUGACUUUUUGAGGAUUAUUGACUUUACUGACAAUGGUGUGAUGAAUCCAUUUUCCCUGGACGUGUCAAAUUAUUCCCCACAACACACUGUGCCUUCCCCAGGAAAUUCUGUUGAUUCUGGUAACCAUGGCUUAUACUCCCCCAGCCAUCCGGGUUCAGUUGGCACUCCCAACACUGAGUUUGUCACCAUAUGCAAUGGUGCGCUGCAGGUACCAUCACCAGGUCAGUUAUUAUCGCCAAGCCCCCCACAAUACAACCAAAUGUCUCCUGUCAAACAAUCUGUGGGUUCCCCUCCAUAUCAGGGACCAGGUGGAGGAGGAGGAGGAGGCGGUGAUGGAGGUUUGUCACUCACACAGUUUAUUCAGUCCCAGUCACCAGUGUAUAACCAAUCUCCUUCUCCAGUGAUGAUGGUACCUUCACCCUCAUAUCAGGAAGGUUCAACACAGCUUAUAACCCAUCAGUAUCCACAGCAACAGCAGCAACAACAGCAGCAACAACAGCAGCAGCAACAUCAGCAGCAGCAGCAGCAACAACAACAGCAGCAGCAGCAGCAGCAACAACAUCUGCAACAUCAACAACAGCAGCAGCAGUUACAUCAACAAUUACAGCAACAGCAACAAACACAGCAGUUUCAGAAACAGCCACAAAUGGGAUCACAACAAGUGGUGCAAGGAAGUGGAGAUAAUUGGGUGAAUAUACAACACACACUGCCAAUGCAGCCUCAACAGCCUCUCACAGUUCCAGAAAUUGAAUUUCCCGGCUGCUUUACGUUCGGCAUUGAUCAAGAUCCAUCUCUAAUGGAUAUGCUGGACAUUGCAGGAGGGCAGCUUGAUUUUAACCAUGAAUUGAUUUGCACCUCUGACAUUAAGGCUGAUUAUGGAGGCAAGAAAACUUCAGAUUCCAAAAAGAAACAGCAAGACAAACGGCUUAGUUCUGGUCAGGAUGUGGAAGAGCUCGGUAAAAUGAUGUCUGAGGUACGUAUCGAAGAGACAUCAUCGCGCACUUCUAGGAACCCUACUUCACAGUCAGAAACUGAUCAGCAAAGUACACCUGCUGUGGAUGUGGCAUUCAGGGUAGCUGUCAGUGCUGCAGAGUGCUUGCAAGCUUAUGCAGCUACGGGAGAUAUAGCCUUACUUUUAGCAUCUCAUCGAUACCUUUUGGCUGUGCAGAAUAAUCAAGGUGACACUGCUCUGCAUACUGCAGUCAGCAACAAAAAUAUGGAGGCUUUUAACAAGAUCCUCAAAGCCAGUGAAAAAAUAAAUCCACGUGACCUAUUAAAUGCUCAAAAUUUUGCAAAUGAGACUGCUUUGCACCAAGCUGUUCGUGGCAAUGAAGUGACAAUGGUUAGGAGACUGGUGGCUGUCUUGGGAUGUGAUGUCAGCAUUGUUGAUUCUCAAGGAAAUACACCAAUCCAUUGUGCUGCAGAAUUGCAGGACCACCGUUGUCUUGAAGCACUUUUGACUAGACCAAUUAAUGGUACACGCUCAGCACUGACUCAGGCUGUUAAUGCUUACAAUUAUCAAGGUGCAACUCCACUACAUAUUGCCGUUUCUGCUGGGAACCUGAAUUGUGUGCGGCUAUUAAUAAGCGCUGGAGGUCAAGUACAUUAUUGUGAAAGAAAGAGAGGUGCUAAUCCCUUGCAUCUGGCAGUAAUGUUCAGCCACCACGAGAUUGCACACUUUUUGUUGAACAAUACAAGUGUGACCGUUGAAGCAGGUAUGUUUGAUGGUAACACAGCGCUCCACUUAGCAGCCCAAGCACGAGAUCAGGAGAUGUGCAAAAUCCUUCUUAGAGCAAAUGCUGACCCACAAGCCAAAAAUGCACUAAGCAGGGGUAAAAAAUCUGCAGAGUCAGAAGAGGAAGAGGAAACAGAGUCAUACAAGAAAGAAGAGGAGGAGGAAGAAUCAGAAGAGGAAUGCGAUGGUUACACGCCAGUUGAUUAUGCUGGAGAAAAUGAACAGAUCCUGGCUAUUUUGCGUGGAGAAGAGGUUGUAGAGGAAAAUGUAGAAGCUGGAGUUGAAGAAGUUUUUAUUGGAAAGAAAGAGGCUCCAUUGCAUUCUGCUUUAGACUCUGGUAUUGACAUCUCAAUAACAGAUAUUCAAGGCCCAGACUCUACUUCUGAUGGAGAGGAGAGUGGAGAGCUCAGUGAACGUAUGCGUGGACGUUUAGCUAGCCAUCUCAGUGGAGACACGUGGCGCCACCUAGCCCAACUCUUGGAUCUAGACUACAUGGUUCCCUGCUGGGCUAAGGAGUCUUCACCAGCCGAGCUACUACUACAUCCUGAUAACAUGAAGGUUAGCCUCGGCAAUACCUACCUGCGGGAUCCCGAUUAUAAUCAUCGCUGUAAUUGCCUGGCCAAGAAUUGUCAAGUUUUCUCAUGAUAGACUGUGACCUUGGAAAAACUGCGUGAGUGCCUUGAAGUGCUGGGCCUCAAAGAGUGUGUUGCUGUUCUUGACCAAGCAUAGGUUUAACUACAGUUUACUUUAAAAAUGAGCAAUAGAAUAUACAAAAAUGCGCUGUAAAUUUUUGCAGAUGUGUUCCAUUACGUGAAUGUAAUGCCAUGUACAAGUGUGUUGUUUGUUAUGCAAAAUUUCAUUAACUUUAACUGGGGGCAAUUGUUAAAAAUAGAGGUUUCAUGCCAAAAAAGAAAAAAAAUGCAGAUAAAUGUCUUUUGGAAGAGGUUUGACCCUUAUGGAUUUAGCACUUAGUUAUGAUUAUAAUAAGGGAAAAGGUUUACUGCUAAUGCCACCAUGAAAAAUUGGCAGAUUCAUAAUGCAUUAUCAGUACACUUUUUUUUUGUAAUCUAUUUAUGAAAACAAUAUUUGAAUUAAGUUUUGAGCCCGGUAAUUAAAUAUUGAUGCAAACACUUGUCUGCAUUUUGAAUAGCACACUGUUUACAAAUACAGUGGUACCUCAAGUUUCGAACAGCUCCCAUCUCAAACAAUUAUGUAAGUGUAUUUUUGGGGGUCUGAAACGGACUAAUCUAAUUUACAUUAUUCCUUAUGGGAACAAAUUUGUUCGGUAACGGCACUCCAACAGCUUUCUGGAACGAAUUAAGUUCGUAACUCGGGGUACCACUGUAUUUUGUAUUCAGGCUAUGCCAGAAAGCAGCAGCAUUGAAAGGUGUGAAGGCAUUGUAUGGUCCAUGUUCACUCUAGAGUAUUGCCAUUAUAUACUGCAUGUGCCUUCUAAAUCAUUUUUGCUGUGUUAAAUUGUGAUUUAUGUUUUUAAGUAAAUUAAUGUAGAAAUUCUAACUGGUGUAGUUUAAGAUAUAGAUACCCAAGAAGCAAAGUAACUUCCUAAAGAUGCCUGGCUGAAUAAGUUACACUGUCUUGAAACACUAUUAUUUUGGUUUAGUAAAACCAAUAUAAAUUUAUUUUAAUGUCAAGUGUUUGAUCUUUUGUAUAACAGAAAACUUUUCUAUUUUUUUAAUGUAUAAAAUGUCAAUAUUUGUCAGCUUAGUUUGUAAGGUCUCAGAUCUGAUGCAUCUGAAUAUAAGCAAAGCUAUAAUUACUAAGGACCACAUUAAAAUUGUACAUUCCUUUGUAUCUCUAAUUUUUUUCCAAUUCCUUUAUGGAAAGUGGUCAUUUCUUAUAGAGAAUGUAAUUGUAUAUGUGCCUUGUGCAGAAAUUGUGCUACAGAUUUACUUUUAAAUACCCAUUAGUGUAAAAUAACUUGAGUAUGAAAUAGGGAGUCAUAUGAUGAAGUCUUUGGAAAUUAGGUUUCUCUCAAAUUCAUAGAGGUAUUUCAUUGUUUUACUUUAAAAUAUUUAAUAGUUUAAGCAUUAAAUGUUAAUAUUACAGGGAUUUUAUUUUACAGAUAAAGUAUGUAAAUGAAAUUAAAGUGUGAACUUGAUUUGAUCAAUAUUUUAUAAAUAAAUGUUUCAGGUAAA